UCCUAUUCAAGAUGCGCUCCCAACGGUCAUCUUGUUCUCUCUCUCAUCUCCUAUUGAAUCAUCAAUUCAAAUAGAUAUCAAGAAAAGCGUACAUACAGGCGAGAUUCAAGAAGAAGAAGAACAGUGAUUACUCAUCUCAAUCUUAUCCAUCAAAUUCAUCCUUUAAAUUGUGAGACUAUGUUUGGAUACAACACACCUCCUAAGAACAUGGUUUCUUCAAACCCUUUUGAUUCGGAUGAUGAUGAAUCAAUUGACAAUGCAAAAAUGAAAGCUUUUUCUGCACCCCCAUUAGCUACCAAAUAUUCUAGAACCAAUCCUUUUGAUGAUGAUGAUGAUGAUAAUGACAAUGGAGAAAAAGAAGUAAAACAGAUUAUAAAAAAACCAGCAUUAUCUGUUCGAACCAGAAGGAUCAAAUUGGAUGAAUUGGAGAACAAUGAAUCCUUGUUAGUGAAUAAGGCUGAGGAAGAAACUACGAAAUCUAUGGAGAAAUGUUUGAGAAUUGCAGAGGAUAUAAGAGAGGAAGCUUCAAAAACAUUGGUUGUUCUUCAUCAUCAAGGUGAACAGAUUACAAGAACCCAUAUGAUUGCUACUGAUAUUGAUCGUGAUCUUAGUAGGGGUGAGAAAUUAUUGGGAAGUCUUGGAGGAAUUUUCUCAAGAAAAUGGAAACCAAUAAAGACUCGUGGAAUCCUUGGACCUCUUGUUUCUUUUACGCCCAACCGCGAGGAAAAGAUGAAAAAGAAAUCGAAUAAUGCAAGAACAGAGCAAUCGAAUAAGACCGUUAGUAACGGCACUUUCCAGAAAGUUGAGUUGGAGAAGAUAAAGCAGGAUAAUGCACUAUCUGAUUUAAGUGAUUUGUUGGAUGAACUCAAGGAUAUGGCAGUUGAUAUGGGAUCUGAAAUUGAUAGGCAAAAUAAAUCGCUCGAGCCUUUUCUAGACGAGGUCGUAGAAAUUAACUCUAGAGUGAAAAAUGCUACUCAACGUGGGCGUCGCUUGCUAGGAAAAUAGGCAAAAACCCGAUUUCUUGGUAGUGAUUUCGCAUUCUAAAUAAUGUUAAUGUAAAAUGUGAUAUUCCUAAGUUUUAUUCUUUUGAGGGACAAUUUUGUAAUUUUUUUAUUGGUUAUAUAAUUCAUUUGAUUAA